AUGGCUUCCGGAUACGACCGAGCGCUGUCGGGCAGUCCCGAUGGCCACGUUUUCCAAGUUGAGUAUGCUGGCGAAGCAGUGAAGCGAGGAACCUGUGCCGUUGGUGUGAAGGGCGAGGAUGUAGUAGUGCUGGGAUGCGAAAAGCGAUCUGCCAUGAAGCUUCAGGACACCCGAAUUACCCCCUCCAAGAUUCAACUUCUCGACAACCACGUCGCCCUUGCCUUCGCCGGCCUCAACGCAGAUGCUCGAAUUCUCGUCGACAAGGCUCGCUUAGAGGCCCAGUCCCACCGAUUGUCCGUCGAGGACCCCGUCACAAUCGACUACAUCACCAAGUACGUCGCCGGCGUGCAGCAGCGGUACACACAGGCCGGUGGAGUCCGCCCAUUCGGUAUUAGCACACUGGUUGUUGGCUUUGACAACGGAAGCAAGGUCCCCAGACUGUACCAGACAGAGCCUUCUGGUAUCUACUCCGCAUGGAAAGCAAAUGCCAUCGGCAGGUCGAGCAAGACUGUUCGGGAAUUCCUGGAGCGCAACUACAAGGAUGACAUGGAUCGUGAGACGACCAUCAGACUGGCGAUCAAGUCACUACUUGAGGUGGUUCAGACUGGCGCCAAGAACAUCGAGAUCGCUCUGAUGAUUCCCGGCGCUGCGAUCGAAAUGUUGGACACGGAAGAGAUCGAGGGCUACGUCAAGGAAAUCGAGCAGGAGAAGCAGGAAGAGGCUGCCAAGAAGAAGACUGGCCGGACCCCAGGAACUGGGAGCGCUGCUAUCCUGACGAGAAGCCAAGAGGAUUCUGCUGCUGAAUAA